UUAAUUUGGUUUCGUAUAUGCUUAAACAUUUAUCGAAUAACCCCAGUAGUAUUUUCUUGUUCCUUUAAAAAUUUUCGUUAAAAUUUCAUGCGUAAAAUUCCGAAAUCGGAAAUUGAAGCAAGCAAUGCCGCGAUUUGGAAGAGCCAAUUUCCGAACCAACGAGCCGGAGGUCUAUGGCGAGCCGCCAGAUCACAGCAUCAGCCACGCAGCACGGAUCUACGGGCUGAGCGUCAUCCUGGCCAUGAUAGCCCUGACGCAGUGGGUCGUUAUUAGCCUGACCGAUUUGAUGGUGCAUGACAGAUCCGAGGAGCGCUACGGCUGGUGGCUUCUGUGCACCUUCUUUGGGGUGGCCACCCUGUCCUGGACCAAUCUCGGCCGCAAGGUGCCGUUCAACUACAUCAUUAUCGGAGCCAUCGUGGAGAGCUCCACCAUAUACAUUGCCAUGGAGCAGAAGCACAGCGCCAACAAGUUGGUCAACCUCUAUGCUGGAGUCGUGGUGGUGGCCUUGAUGCUGGCCUCCAUUUUCUGGGGCGCCUACUUCCCCAUGUUUAUUGUGCCGGGCGACCUUGUGCUCAGCAUUUUGGUGGCCGUAGCUAACAUAAUGAUGAUUAUAUUCUUCAUCAACGCACUCUUCAUCGACUACCAGGGCAUAUACUAUGCGGUUCGAAACAUAUUCGCCCUCGUCGCCGUCUGCAUGGUUAUGUACACGGCCACCAUUAUCCACGAUCGCCAGUUCGAUGUUCCCAAGAACGAGUACCUGUUCCUCAGCGUCCUGCAGUUCUUCUCCUACAUGAUCCUGCAUGAGCGCAUCCUGGCCAUCGCCUAUCACAGCACUCGAACAAUCUCUUGUUAAAUGCAACUUGUGAUUCGUUUUCCAUCCUUCAUGAUUUUGAAAUGUAUUUAUCGGUUCAUGAGGUAAACAAAAUUAUCCAUUCAGCUUACAUGUCUGAGGUCAUACGAAACUGA